UUAAAUUUCCCGUUAUGUCACUUUUUGUAAUUAAAGUACUUUUACAUUAAUCACUGAUUUAUUUAUCAUAACAGAAUAUCAGACGUCUGUGGCAUAAGCAAGAUUUUCCUGCAGAUACAUUCAUGAAUAUUAAUUAUCUUUUGAAGACUAAUGGAAGAUGUUAUAAAUAAUAGACAUAACACCAAGGAAUAUAUAAGAAGAACAGGAAAAUAUAUUUUGUGCUUGUAUACUAUAGAACAAUAAUGAAUCCUCAAGAGAUGACAAAAGAAAGAAAAAAGGUAUCACACCAAUGUGAUAUCUGUAAAAAGACUUUUUGUAAUAAGGGAAAUCUCACUAUUCACAAAUUCAUUCAUGCAGGGGGGAAACCAUAUCAUUGUGAUAUUUGUGGUAAAUCAUUCUCUCAGAAAAGUAUUCUUACCUCUCACAAAUCCUUUCAUACAGGAGAGAAACCAUAUCACUGUGAUGUUUGUAGUAAAUCAUUCUCUCAGAAAAGUAACCUUACCUCUCACAAAUACAUUCAUACAGGAGAGAAACCUUAUUACUGUGAUAUCUGUGGAAAGUCAUUCACACAGAAGACUAGUCUUACUUCUCAUAAAUACACUGAUACAGGAGAGAAACCAUUUGAAUGUGAUAUUUGUGGUAAAUCAUUCUCUCAAAACUGUACCCUCAUGUAUCACAAAUCCAUUCAUACUGGCGAGAAACCAUAUCACUGUGAUAUUUGUGGUGAAUCAUUCUCUCGGAAGACUGGCCUUGCUUAUCAUAAAUCCAUUCAUACUGGAGAGAAACCAUAUCAAUGCGAUAUUUGUGGUAAAUCCUUUUCGUUAAAAAGUUAUUUAACAACUCACAAACUUAUUCAUACUAAUGAGAAGCCAUAUCAGUGUGAUAUCUGUGGUAAAACGUCCUCUCAUAAAAGUAACCUUAGUAAUCAUACAUACACUCAUACUGGAGAGAAACUAUAUCUCUGUGACAUUUGUGGUAAAUCAUUCUCUCAAAAAAGUAGCCUUACUUAUCACAAAUACACUCAUACAGGGGAGAAACCACAUCACUGUGAUGUUUGUGGUAAAUCAUUCCCUUGUUUGAGCGCUUUAACCUCUCAUAAAUACAUUCACACAGGAGAGCAACCAUAUCAAUGUAAUAUCUGUAGCACAGCAUUCUCCCGAAAAAGUAGUUUAUCUGUGCACAAACGCACUCAUACAGGAGACAAGCCAUAUCCCUGUGACAUUUGUGGUAAAUCAUUUUUUUAUCAAAGCAAGUUAACCUCAUAAAUACAUUCAUACAGGAGAAAAACCAUAUUCCUGUGA